UUUAGAAUGAAAUGCCGACUAAGGUAUUAUAACGUAAAGGACAGACACCGGUAAAUACAUACAAAACAAACUACGUAACGUUUACAAAACAUACACACUUGUUAUGCAGUUAAAAAACGUCACGCCAAAAUGUUUGGCGUCGUGGCAAAGUGGUUAAAGGGCGCCUUUUUCCACCUUAGAGGCAAUGAUUUCAAGGUUUGUCGCUGCUACCAUUGUGGGCGAUGUGCAAGUUAUGAACCACAUAUAAAAAAGAAACCCCCCAAAAAAUUACCCGCAAAGAAACACAUGGUAACUCGUAAGCUGCCACGAGGUUUAUGAAACAGAACACCCGUGUUUAACGGCCGUAUUUUUCCGGCCACGCAGGAUAAAGUAAGUUACUUUCAUCUACACCAAAGUCUUAGGAAAGAAAGAAGGCGUGUAAACAAGCUAACUCAAGCAACCACAAGCGCCUAAAGCUGACAUGGCGCGAUUAAAACUAGAGCGAACAAACAUCUGCCAACAAACGGUAACUGUGGUGUCACAUUACAGAACUCACUAGACCGUAAACGCCGCUCUUUUUGCAGCGCUAUGCCAGCCAUUUUAAUCGGCAAUCACUUUAAAGUCGCGAUUAGAAAUGAAUUUAAAAGAUGUUUUUAACUCUUUGGAAUCAGGCUAGAACAUUGCAACAGUUUAUGGUGCAUGUCAGAAACUUGUUGACACCAGAGACAGAACUUUAUUUUGACAUUGGAACAGCAAUCUAUGGUUGUUUGCAAUCCUGUUUUUUUUUGCAUGCAUUGCAACUUUGCUGAGAAACCUCAUAAAAGUGGUGUAGCUUUAGGGCAAAUUUUUUUGUAUUCAUUUUUGGAGCUCUUUGUUCAAUAUGGAUUUAGCUAAAUCUGAAGAGAAACUGAAAGAGCAAGAAGCCUUAAUGGAAAAUGGUCAAGAAAAUCAUGGUUUUUGUGGCAAAAUAGUCAACACGAAAACAUCACGACUUUCCUCAAUGCUUGGUCUCAUUAUUGUGUAUUUUUUGGCAGAAGCAGUUGUAGGUCACCUGACAAGCAGUUUGACGCUAAUUGCGGAUUCUUUUCACAUGUUAUCUGAUGCUUUAUCAUUAGUAGUUGCUCUUGUUGCUGUGCGUCUUAGCAAACGAGGUGCGCAGCAUUCUAUAACACCGUGGCCCUCAAAACAAGCAUACUUUAACACGUUUGGUUGGGUUCGGUUUGAGGUUGUAGGCGCCCUUAUAAAUUCUACGUUUUUAUUUGCACUGUGCAUUUCAAUUACCAUGGAAGCAAUUGAGAAGUUCUACGACCCAGGUCUUAUUUCUCAACCAGAGCUGGUACUUGCUGUUGGUGGAUGCGGUUUAUUGAUCAAUGUGAUUGGGCUAGUUUUGUUUGGUGGUCACGCCCACGCAGGUCACAAUCAUAGUCACGGUCAUGAUCACGGUCACAAUCACGGUCAUGACAAUCAUCAUAACCAUUUACAAAACAACAAUGGGUCUACAGAACAACAUAUGAAUAUGAAAGCUGUGUUUCUGCAUGUUUUGGGCGACGCUCUGGGCUCCGUAAUAGUUAUGAUCAGCGCUACAAUCAUUUAUCUUGUUCCGUAUGAAGAAAAUGUCACGGUUUCUGCCGGAAACGCUACGGCAGUUAAUGUCGUCAUUAACGUAAACGAGUGGAUUAUGUAUAUAGACCCUGCUAUGAGUAUUGUCCUUGUUUUGAUCAUGAUUUUCACAACGUAUCCGUUGUUUAAAGAGUCAAGUCUCGUUCUUUUGCAGACUGUACCAAAGCAUAUUAAACUACAACACUUAAAAGAAAAAAUUAAAACCAUUGAGGGGGUCCAGGAGAUUCAGAACUUCCAUUUAUGGCAAUUGACCGGUGAAAAGUUAGUGGCGACUGUACAUGUUUGGUGUAACGAUGCCAUAUCUUUCCUGAGGAUCGCGGAAGAGAUAAAACAGAGAUUGAACGACGCAGGGAUUCACUCAACGACCAUACAACCAGAAUUCUACAGAAGUCCUAAGCCUUAUUGUAUGGUGGUGUCAAAUACUGACACACGUGAGAGCAAAAAUGGCUGCAGUAGAAAUGAUAUUCAUGCAAUUUCUCAGAAAAACUCGUCAAAACCAAUACCACAUUCUGUAACCAAAGUUGACGAAACUAAAUUUAAUUCAUUUCCGCGAUCUCAAUCUCAGUCUACUAAUGUACUUACUUGACCUGAAGUGACCUCUACGACCUUGAGUACCCUAACGCAGUGCAGUUGAGAGAACAUGCAGUUAUUCGUUUAUCUUAAAAUGUCGCGUAUGUUUUGUUCAAGCGGUGAAACAUGCAACGAUUUUGGAUAUUUUUUCUUUGUUUUUUUAUUAAAAUUUUUUAAUGUUUAAAAUUAAUUUUUUUGGAAUUUUUUGGAAUUUUGGAUUUAUUUUAAAUGAAAUUUUUGGUUAAUUUUUUAAUGAAUUUUUCAGAAUUUUUUUGAAAUGGAUAUUCUGAAUCUUUUUAAUUGAAGUUUAUUAAAUUUUAUUAGGUAAUUUUUUAAUGAAAUUUUUAGAUUUUUAUUAAAUGAAAAUUUUUAAUUGAAAUUUCUGUAUUUUUGAAUUAAAAUCUCUGGUUUUAUUUUAAAUUGUAUUUUUAAGUAAAUUUUUUUUUUUGGAUUUUGGAUCUUUUAAAUGAAAUUUCAGGUUUUUUUUAAUGUAAUUUUUAAAUAUUUUCUAAAUGAAAUUUUUAAUUAAAAUGCACUGACUGGCUCCUAAACGCCGGCAAUGUUUUAGUGCCUACAGCAUUUAUGUGAAAAAGUUUUUAACUUUAAUUUGAUGUAUUAUGUACUUUACUAUUUCUUUUCUCGUUUUUCCUUUAACGUGGUGGUGUACGUUUGUUUUAAUGCGCUAGGCAAUUAAAAAUUAAAAGCAG